GAAUAUUUUUAAUCGUGAUCAUUGGCAACUUUACUUUGAAAAGAAUGUGCUUUUGUGAAUAACUGAGCCCUUAUAUUUGAUCCAAAUAAAAAGAGAUUUAGAGUGAGAUUGGUUAUUAUAGAAAAUAUGAAUUUUGAACUUGUUUUCGGUGAUUAGGUGAAUUCAAUAAGAUUAUGGCCGAUGCAGCUGCUAAAAGAGAGGCCAGGAGGCGCAGAAUUUUAGAAAAUUCAGAAAAUCGCCUGCAAAGGAUCACAGGAAGAUUUUCCGAAAAUCCUGUUCAAGAAAAAGCCCCCGUAAUAUCACCUUCAGUUUCGAUACCAAGUGAAAAUGGUUUAUCCGUAGAAGACAUAACAAGGGAAUUAAUUAACUCUCUGUCUGAAGGUGCAAGAUUAACUACAGAGGAAUCAAACGAAACUGAAAAACAUGAUACGCUUUCCCCUUAUCAGCAAAGAUUCCUUCUUGCUCAAAAUUUGAGAAGCAAUCCCGAAAUCGAUAGUUUACGUGAAAGACUAAGACCUAGAACGCAGGGAGAUAUCAGUCCUUUUAAUGACGAUAUCGAUAAUUCAAGUCAGCUCCCGUUACUUAAAAAAUCGUCUCCUAUAUAUUCACUACUUUUGAGCGAUUUAUCUUAUGUCUUUCUAGCCCUUGCUGUAAAUAUUCUUUGCUUAUUGAAUCUGGAUCAUCUAUUCGGAAAGACUCUCAUUAUGCCAUAUAUUGCAAUGCUAAUUGCCCGCCUUUUCUUCCCCGAGAGUCGCCAGGAACCUCAAGAAUCAAAGCUUCUAGUUGCUGCAUUAAUUUUGUGCAACAUUAACCCGAAACUUGUGCAAACAUUCACGAGAUUCAUGGGAAUGUUCCGGAAAAUCAGUAGAGGGUUUUCACUCUACAUAUUCACGUUUGUCAUGAUUCGCUGGAUAUUCUCGCAAUUUUGGAUCGAUCUUGACCUUAUGCCAAUUACAAAUUUGAUCUCAGAAGCUGAAUUCAAUCGAGAAGUUUAUGAUACUGCAAAUUAAUCGUGAGGAACCAAAUCGUUUACCUAUAUAUUGUACAAUAUAAUUCUUCUAUGCAAAUACAGUUCAUACAAAAUUA